UUUUGUCUCUGUCAGGCGCGGCGCGGGCGGUCGGGCUGAGGCGGCCGAGCCGGUGUGUGGCGAGGGGGGAUUCGGCCAGGACGACACGAUGAUAUCGGCCGCCCAGCUCCUCGACGAGCUCAUGGGCCGGGACAGGAACCUGGCCCCGGAUGAGAAGCGCAGCAACGUGCGGUGGGACCACGAGAGCGUUUGCAAGUACUACCUUUGUGGCUUUUGCCCAGCUGAAUUAUUUACAAAUACCCGUUCUGAUUUAGGUCCUUGUGAAAAAAUUCAUGAUGAAAAUCUACGUAAACAGUAUGAGAAGAGCUCUCGGUUUAUGAAGGUGGGCUAUGAAAGGGACUUCCUGCGCUAUUUGCAGAGUUUGCUGGCAGAGGUGGAGCGCAGGAUCCGGAGAGGCCAUGCCCGCUUGGCACUGUCACAGAACCAGCAGUCGUCUGGGGGAGCGGGACCUACCGGUAAAAACGAGGAGAAGAUUCAAGUGUUAACUGACAAAAUUGAUGUACUUCUACAACAGAUUGAAGAACUGGGUUCAGAAGGAAAAGUGGAAGAGGCACAAGGAAUGAUGAAACUUGUUGAACAGUUAAAGGAAGAGAGAGAAUUGCUGAGAUCUACAACUUCAACAAUUGAGAGCUUUGCAGCCCAAGAAAAACAAAUGGAAGUUUGUGAAGUUUGUGGAGCCUUUUUAAUUGUAGGAGAUGCACAGUCCAGGGUAGAUGACCACUUGAUGGGAAAGCAGCACAUGGGUUAUGCCAAAAUAAAAGCUACUGUAGAAGAUUUAAAAGAAAAGUUACGAAAAAGAACAGAAGAACCUGACCGUGAUGAAAGGUUGAAAAAAGAGAAACUAGAACGAGAGGAGAGAGAGAAAGAGAGAGAACGGGAAAGAGAAGAGCGGGAAAGGAAGAGACGGCGUGAAGAGGAAGAAAAGGAAAAAGAGAGGGCUCGUGAUAGAGAGAGACGUAAAAGGAGUCGCUCCCGGAGCAGACACUCGAGCAGAACAUCUGACAGAAGGUGCAGCCGCUCACGAGACCACAAAAGGUCAAGAAGCAGGGAGAGGAGGCGAAGCAGGAGUCGUGACCGAAGAAGGAGCAGAAGUCACGACAGGUCAGAAAGGAAACACAGGUCUCGCAGCAGGGACAGGAGACGGUCAAAAAGCCGGGAUCGGAAAUCCUACAAGCACAGAAGCAAAAGCAGAGAGAGAGAACAAGACAGGAAGUCUAAAGAAAAAGGACAGAAGAUAAGAUUAUUGGACUGACUACUAGUCCUCUGCGGGGAAACAAGACUACUAUUCCUCAGUGGAUCUACGUGUGCUCCGGAGAUACCUUUAAGACACAAAACGAAGACUUUUUAACAAGGUUAGUUAGAGUGCAAUCUGCCUGCGGAGUUGCAAACCCGAGGGCAGACAGAUCCAAAGUGACUUAGUCCUUCAGUGAGCCGUGUGACGUUGCCGUGUGCUUUCUCCAAGCACCCUGCCCUGGAUGUGCUGCUGCAGGUGAACCCUCAGUACUGGUGGUCAUUAUUAGGCAGUUGCCCUCAUUUCUGCGUGGGGACCUUACCCCUCCCUUUGGUGGUCUGGUUUAAAACAAAAAAAGGUGGGAUGUUGCUGCUCUUUUAAAAGCUUAAUUUCUUGCUUUGUCUUCUGGAAUAUAAAAAGUGUGUUAAGCCAGUCUAGGUGAUAACGUUAUUUAAAAUAGCUUUUUCAGAGUGUUCGAUCUGUGGGCUCCUGUGUUGGGGAUUUAUGUGUCUGUAUUAUUUAUUUUAAUUGCCCGGAUAGCAGGGAAUAAUCAGGAAAAAAAGAGCAUGAAUGUUGUUCUGUAUGAUGACAUCUGAGAGGUUGGUUUUUUGGAUUAUUUUUUCUCUCCAAAGUGUCUUUACUGAUCAAGGGUUGAAUAUUAUGGUUUGAAAUAAUACAGAAAGAAUUGAUAUUUUUAUUAAAUUUGCAAAUACUGAAUUUACAGAUGAGGCACGCAGCUCUAAUACUGAAUGUUUUUCUUCCCAUGGAAAUAUUUUUACUUCUGGCUUCCUUCCUUCUUUGAAGAUUAUUGAGGAAAAGAUGUUUUUUUCAGCAGUGUAGCAAAUGCUUCAAUCAGCUUUCCAAUUCAUGAUGAAAUUGUGGGGUCCUUCCCAUCUUGCUGUUUCUUUGCCUUUGGAAAAAAAAUGGCUUUUAUAUAUCUUCCAAAUUGCCUCCCCAAGCCUUUUUAAUGAGUGGUUUAUAAAUGACUGAUAUUUUUAUAAAAUGGAGAAUUAAUAAUGCUGACAAACAAGGCAGCUUCAAAGUUAAUUUUGAUUGUCACUGUGAUCCCCAACUUCAAAGCUGACAGUGCUAAAUAUUGUUUGUUUCCUCAAGUAUUUGAUAGUUCGGGAUUGCUGCUUUUUUAAUUGGCAAGUAUUGAUUUCUUUGAUAAUGCACCAAUGCAUUGUCCCACCACUCUUUUCUGAUUCUCUUUCAAGAACCAUUCUUAAUGAGAAUUGUACACCAAAGAAGGCCAUACACAUCAGAAAUUAAAACGUGGGGACCAAAAGAGUCCCAAAAUAAGUAAGGAAGCCAUGCACCAUAAUUACACAUUUGCCUAACCUCUUUAACCCCCAAUUUGUAUAUUUUGACAGAGAGCUGAGUAGCUGCCUCUGUUAGGAGGUCUGACCUUUCUCCUUUUCCCCCACCCUCCACUGUCCCCUUUUACCUUUAUUUUGUCCCCUCUCCAUUCCAGCAUGGUAGUCUGAAGCCUGUUUCUGUAACUUUAUGAGUAUUACUGUUAUUGCUAUAAAAGUAAUUGUCCAAUAUUGUAUGCAAUAUGUAUCUCACAUGUGCAAUGUUUGUUUUUACUUUGAAAUCCAUGGUCAAUGUCUUCUUUCAUGGCAGAAAAGAGGGGAUCUGAUGAUAAAAAAAGUAGUAUGAAGUCCAGUAGUCGAGAAAAACAGAGUGAAGACACAAAUACAGACUCGAAGGAGAGUGAGACUAAGAAUGAGGUCAAUGGGACCAGUGAAGACAUUAAAUCUGAAGGUGACACUCAGUCCAAUUAAAACUGAUCUGAUAUGACCUCAGAUCAGACAGAGGUAAGUGCAUUAUUUCAAACUUUGAUUAGGGCUUUUUGUUACUGUUUAACAGUGCAGCGUAAGUAUGCACAGAUGAAGAUGGAACUAAGUCAACUAAGAAGACAAACUAAAGCACCUUCUGAAGGAAAAGACAGUGUAGUCCUGCAAAACAUUUUGAGGUACAUUGUUUUGUCUCAGCUAUUUUGUAGCAGACUCGUGCCCCCAUUAGUGUGCCUCUUUGGGACAUAUUUGUAAUAUAGUCACCAUAGAAAAAUUAAUUAUCCUUUUUUUAAUUUUUAGGGAUUUUGUUAUCGUUUUUUAAAAAAAAGUUGAACUGUUUUUGUAUUUAAGUCCAUAUUGUGUUGGUACAUCAGCAGAAACUUUUGCUUUAAUACUUAAUAUUUGAGGCACAUGUUGGACUACUUUGUUUUCAUAUAAACUGCUAGUAUUUCUUUGUCAAGGAUGUUUCUAGUUUUUUUGCUUUAUUGCCUUGCAUUCUAAUGCAGUUUGUUCUGUAACUCGAGAGCCAGUAGCAUUGGAUUGAUGGAAGUGUAGGGUUUAUGAAUUAUUGCAGCUGACUACCAUACCUCACACAGCGUUGGUGUUGUGAGCGGCCCAUGAAAAGCCAAAUUAAAAAUCAAGGAUUCAGUCAAACUAAGCAGGUACUCAUGCCAGGUACUCCUUUCUCUACCCACAUCCAUGUUUGAAUGCUGUUGCCUGUAAUCUUUAAGCUUACUGUUGUGUUUUUGAUUUUGAAGAUAGUGCAAAGGACUUUUUUGUGUAUUGUGUGAAUACUGUAAAUCUGAUGUUAACAGAAUGGAAUUUUCUUUCAACUGUGUGUAGGGAUGCAGUGCUGCCCAGAAUUAGAUAUCUUUAAAGAGUUUAAAAUGCAAUAAACACUACAUAAUAAUCGCCUUGUUACUUUCAAUGCAAUUCAAGUCUUUAAGAGGUAUGUGCUUAAUAUUUCCUACUGUGUAGGAGAAUUUGCAGUCAGCCAUAGCACAGAGCAGUGGAAUGGCUGGUAACAGGCUUGUAAGGCAGAUGUAAAUGCAGAGACAGAUGCCACCAAAUGAUUACAGUGUUGAUGGCAGGAAUGUAUGCUGGAAACUGUUUGUGGGAAAUGAAGCAGCUAAACAAUAGGCAAUACAGUACUGUAUUAAAAGGAAAACUUGCAGUUUUUUCCCCAUGCUUGACAUAGCUUUCUUACAGAAGGUCUUUAGUUGUAUUCCUGAAGUAAGGAACUAACAGUGGAGAGUUCAGCUGAUAAAUGAGCUUCUCGCAACAUAAUUUGUUACUGUAGUUGCAUUAUGUAUGCUAGGAACUCUUAAACACUUAAUGUUGAUAAUUAAACCAUUAAUGCUACAUCAUUGCUUCUAAAGCCAGUCAUGGUCAAUGGUGAUGUUUUUGUAGAGUUAAGAUGACAGCUAACAAUUGGGCCAGUGUAUAGGAAUGGUAAACAAAAUGCUCAUAAUGCUGUCUAAUCGUCUGUUCUCCCAAAAUUUUGCAUUAUAGGACUACUACGUGAAGAGUCUGCGAAGACAGUGGAAGACAGCUUAAACUGAAGAUCUGCUUUAAAAUGAGGUGAAAGAAAGCUGUAGUGACGUAGAAAAAUAUAAAGUUGAGUUAGAAUUUUUUUUUAUAAAAUUUAAUUCAGGACUGGUGUUUCCUCCCAGAGUUCAGAAAGAUGUGUUGAUAAUAGCACAUAUGCUACUGAGAAUAUAAGUCCUGUAUACCUUUUUUUUCUUUAAGACUUUUUAAGAUAAGAAGCCAACAUAACCUGAACACAUGGCUUGCUCAGUGUUUAAUUGCAAGUUUUCAUUCUUGGACUUUAAAACACAGGAAUAAAUGUUUAGUAUUUGUGUGAAUCGAACUAAAAUGAAUCCCAUUUUUACAACUAAGCUAUUCCUAGCUUCUUGAUAUACGAGAAAUGGAAAUAAAGUAUCUUUGAAUUUCUGUUACAAA